AUGGCUGCCGCUGCCGCCCGUCCUCUAGUCACUGUCCAAUCCCUGGAAAAUGACAUGGCCACCGAUGGAGGCUCCGCCAACUCCAUACCACUUCCCGACGUGAUGAAGGCGGCGAUCCGCCCUGACCAGGUGACAUUCGUGCACGGCCAAAUUUCCAAGAAUGCUCGCCAGCCUUACGCCGUGUCCAAGAAGGCUGGACACCAGACCUCCGCCGAGUCAUGGGGAACCGGACGCGCUGUGUCCCGUAUCCCCAGGGUGCCUGGCGGCGGGACCCACCGCGCUGGACAGGGUGCUUUUGGCAACAUGUGUCGUGGUGGUCGUAUGUUCGCCCCCACCAAGAUCUGGCGCCGCUGGCACAGAGCCGUGAACGUCACACAAAAGCGCCACGCAGUUGUUUCUGCUAUUGCGGCGUCAGUAGGAUGCGAGUCAAAGCUGUUCCUCGAUUGGAAUUUGGUUUUGUGGUUUUAUUUAGAUGGUGCAAGCUUAGUGGGAUUGCUUGCAACAACUGAUGUUUGCAGCAAUUUGAACCUUUUGCUUUGUUACAAUGAGGCUUCAACAAUCAAGGCUGCCAGCAGGACAUGGUACAAGACAAUGAUCUCAGAUAGCGAUUACACUGAAUUCGAGAACUUUUCAAAGUGGUUGGGUGCUUCUCAGUGA